UCAGUUUUCCAAACUCUCAUAUCUUCAAACACUCUUUCUUCUGUCUCUUCUCAGACACACUUAAUUUCUCUUUCACUCUUUCACUCUUUCACCUCCAAACCCUAAACCUAGUCACUGAAUCAUGGCUCCCAUGGGAGACAAUGUUGUCGUGUCCAACAUGGAACUUGAGAGGUUGCUCAGCAUGAAAGGAGGCAAAGGAGAAGCCAGCUAUGCCAACAAUUCCCAAGCACAGGCCAUACAUGCGAGGUCGAUGCUUCAUCUUCUGAGAGAGACUCUGGACAGAGUUGAGCUUGUCGAGGGUCGUGAGGUGCCGUUUGUGGUGGUGGAUUUGGGGUGUUCGUGUGGGAGCAACACCAUAAACGUCGUCGAUGUCAUGAUAAAGCACGUUAUGAAACGCUACGAGGCGUUGGGGUGGCAGCCACCGGAGUUUUCAGCUUUCUUCUCCGACCUUCCCAGCAAUGACUUCAACACGCUCUUUCAGCUGCUUCCUCCUCUCGCCAACCACGGCGUCAGCAUGGAAGAAUGCCUUGCCGCCGACAACCACCGCUCCUACUUCGCCGCCGGAGUCCCCGGUUCUUUCUACCGGAGGCUUUUUCCGGCGAGGUCUGUGGAUGUUUUCCACUCGGCCUUCUCUUUGCACUGGCUUUCUCAGGUGCCAGAAAGUGUUGUGGACAAGAGGUCAAGUGCAUACAACAAAGGAAGAGUUUUUAUCCAUGGUGCUGAUGAGAGCACAGCAAAUGCUUACAAGAAACAAUUCCAAACAGAUUUGGCAGGGUUUCUGAUGGCAAGAUCAGUGGAGAUGAAGAGAGAGGGGUCCAUGUUCUUGGUUUGCUUGGCCAGAACUUCAGUGGACCCUACAGACCAAGGUGGGGCAGGCCUUCUUUUUGGGACCCACUUUCAGGAUGCUUGGGAUGAUCUUGUCCAAGAGGGGUUGAUUAGCCAAGAAAAACGAGACAGUUUUAACAUUCCAGUUUAUGCAGCAAGCCUGCAAGACUUCAAGGAGGUGGUUGAAGCGAAUGGUUCAUUCACCAUAGACAAGCUUGAGGUAUUCAAAGGAGGAAGUCCACUUGUGGUGAAUCAACCAGAUGAUGCAAGAGAAGUAGGAAGAGCUCUAGCCAACAGCUGCAGGACAGUGUCAGGAGUUCUUGUUGAUGCUCACAUUGGUGACAAACUGAGUGAGGAACUUUUUCUAAGAGUGGAGCAUAGAGCCACUAGCCAUGCCAAAGAGCUAUUAGAGAAACUACAGUUCUUUCACAUAGUUGCAUCCCUUUCCUUUGCUCAAUGAUUAGAGACUGAGGGGAAAAGGUUACUAUUUGAAGAAGAUAACUAGACGACAAAGACUUUUUCUCCACCACCCUCUCUCCCUUUUUUCUUCUUUGUGUGUUGUGUUACGGAGGAGUCAGAAUGCACAAAAGAAAGAGGAAAAGAGAGGUUGACUACUUCCAACCUAUUGUUUUCUCCCUCUUUCGCGUGUUGUUUGUCUGUCAUAUUGCUGACUUAUGUUCCCUUGCCUCUGAACUAAUCUUUCCCUCUACAUAGCAUAAGUGUUAUAGUGUGUAUAUCUUGUGAAAGUUGUAUGAAUGGAACUUGUACCUAACAAGCUUGGUUGUUGGAUAGGCUAUUUCAUUUAGU